AUGUCUCCCUUCAUGAACAAUGCACGGCAGGGAGAGCUUCUCGUAGAUGAGCUUCUCUCUAACCUUACACUUGACGAAAAGGUUGCCGUUCUCGCAGGCAAGGACUUUUGGCACACGACACCACUCCCUGCUCAUGGUAUACCAUCUAUACGCCUCUCAGAUGGACCGAAUGGCAUCCGUGGCACAAGGAUCUUUGACAGUGUACGAUCUUCGUGUCUUCCUUGCGGAACGGCACUGGGUGCUACAUUCGAUACGGACCUGAUGUACGAACUGGGACAGUUGCAAGGACAGGAGGCAAAAGUAAAGGGAGCCGUGGUUGUCCUUGGUCCGACGCUCAAUAUACAAAGGGGUCCAUUGGGUGGUCGUGGCUUUGAGUCUUUUUCAGAAGAUCCGCUCCUUUCUGGCCUCUUGGCUGGACAUUAUGUCCGAGGCGUUCAACAUGAGAACGUUGCGGCGACUCUGAAGCAUUUUGUCUGUAAUGACAUGGAGGACGAGCGUAUGGCUGUCAACGUUCUCGUCACUAAACGUACUAUGCGUGAGAUCUACAUGCUACCUUUUAUGCUAGCCAUUUCCAUUGGAAACCCGCGGGCAAUCAUGACGGCAUACAAUAAGGUUAACGGCACACAUGUCUCGGAAAGCAAGGCAUUACUACAAAACAUCCUCAGACAUGAAUGGAAGUUUAACGGUCUCGUCAUGAGUGAUUGGUUCGGAACCUACAGCACGACGGAGUCGAUUCAAGCUGGAGUCGAUUUAGAGAUGCCUGGCCCAACCAGAUGGAGAGGGGGAGCCUUACAACAUGCUGUCAUGUCAAACAAGGUCACUGAGGAGCAGAUUAAUGACCGUGUAAAGCAUAUUUUCGACCUUAUCAACUAUACAAAAGCUUCUGGAGUCCCUGAGAAUGCUCCAGAGCAGCAUCUCAACCGCCUUGAAGACCAAGCACUUUUACGACGGGCAGCAUCACAGGCCAUCGUCCUUCUCAAAAACGAAGAUAACAUCUUGCCAUUUGCAAAGUGCAAGACGACAGCAGUCAUCGGACCAAACGCCAAAGUUUCCCGUUUCUGCGGCGGUGGCAGCGCAUCCCUUCUCCCAUACUAUAGCAUUUCACCGUAUGACGGCAUUAUAAAACAGUGCGAGUCCGUUAUCUUCUCACAGGGCGCCAUGGACCAUCAGAUGCUGCCGCUGUUAGGUGAAUCUCUCAGGACGAAGUGUGGUCAACAAGGUUUUGAGUGGAGAGCAUACAAUGAACCCACAACUACCCAAGAUCGAAAUCCAAUCGACGAGCGCAUCCUGACAGACUCAAACAUCUUCUACCUGGACUAUGAAAACGAAAAGUUGGCGCCUGUAUGGUAUUGCCAAACCGAAGGCAUCUUCACCCCUGACGAAAGUGGCCUUUAUGACUUUGGUCUAGGCGUGGAGGGCACGGGCGAGCUUUACGUCAACGAUACACUAUUGAUCAGAAAUGUCGAGAAUCAGAGACCAGGAGAGACUCUUUUCGGAUCUGGCACAGUGGAGGAAAUUGGCAGCAGAGAACUCGUUGCAGGCGAAGACUACAUAAUUCGAGUUGAAUGGGCCUGUGCCGCAACAAGCAAACUACCAUCGCGUGGUCCCGUGGGCGGUGGACACGGCGGUCUAAGAUUCGGUGCCUGCAAGAGAAUUGAUCCCGUUGAAGCCAUUGACGCAGCCGCAGAGGUAGCGAGAAAUGCUGAUCAAGUCGUGCUCGUUGUGGGACUAAAUGGAGAGCUAGAAUCUGAAGGAACAGACCGCAAGACUAUGGAAAUGAGUGUCUACACCAAUGCUCUCGUGUCCAAGGUGCUCGCAGAAAACCCCAAUACUGCGGUGGUAGUCCAAUCGGGGACACCGGUCGGCAUGCCGUGGAUAGAUGAGGCUAAGGCAGUUUGCCAUGCCUGGUAUGGCGGUAAUGAGACGGGAAAUGCUCUUGCGGACGUGUUGUUCGGUGAAGUGAACCCAUCUGGCAAACUGCCGCUAACGAUUCCACAUCGACUUCAAGAUAAUCCAACUUACUUCAACUUCCGAAGCGAGUUCGGGCGUGUUCUCUACGGCGAAGAGGUAUAUGUUGGAUACCGUUACUAUGAGAAGGUCGAUACCGAGCCUUUAUUCUCUUUUGGCCAUGGGCUAUCCUACUCCACCUUUGAGCUAGGUAAUCUGCAUGUCCACGGUGGUGAUAUUAUCGAGAUUACGCUGCAAGUAACAAAUAGGGGAUCCCGCGCUGGAGCUGAAGUUGUUCAAUUCUACGUCGCGCCGCCGUUGACGUGCCUAGUUGAACGCCCGGUGAAGGAGCUUAAAGCCUUUCGCAAGGUAUAUCUUGAAUCACAAGAGACCAAGCAUAUUACUGUAAAUUUGGAUGCCGUGUCCGCAACGAGCUACUGGAACGAAAGCCGUGAGAAAUGGUGCAGUGAGGCUGUGAUCCACAGACCAUCCUUUGAGGUGGACUUUAGUCUGUAUCGCGAUCCCCAGGAUGAGGACUUUGUCACAUUGAUCAUUUCAUUGUGUGCCUUUACAGUCGCUAUUUUACCUUCAAGGUUGCAAAAGUAUCGGGAUGCAUCGAGUCUUCUGCCAUUUGUCACGCGCACAGACAUGGUGAACCACUGCUACAAGCUGAACCAACAAUUUCGAAAUACAAGCUAUUUCGAUAGCGUUAGCCAUCAGAAAUGGGCCAGUUCAUUUCUUCUUGGCCUCGCCUUUCAGCAAACUGGUAACACCAAUCUUUGGCGGAUGUUUGAGGUGGAAGCUAUGCAAUUGUCGCGUCUACUCGAGGUACAUCAUAUUUCAAGCUAUAAGGGGCUCGAUGCCAUUGAAUGUCAGCUCCGAAAAAAAGCUUUCUGGUUGAUGUUUUACGGCUAUAUUCACCAAACGUACAGUUUGCGACAUGAACGGCUUGCGUAUCUCGACACCACUAUCCUGCGGCAUAUUAAUCUCGAAGAUCUUAUGCCUACCCCUGUGGAUGACGAGUUCAUCUCGGUCAAUGGUAUACUUCCGUGUCCCGAUGAAGUAGCUUCCACAUCCUUGACCGCAGGCUUCAACCUCCAUUCACGCAUCUUCGCCGCCGUACUUGAUCCGCCUUGUGCCAAUGCCAAACAGAGUUGUAUUUGCUGCGAAACAAAAGACCCUGUGCGACUGCUUGCUGCUCUCAAGGAUCGCCUGGCUCAGCUCAAGCAUAUGCUUGAUGAGGUAAAUCCUGCGUUCCAGCCUUGGAAGACCAACGCUGCGGGUACCACUACCAGUGCCAUCACUACGGAUCUUGACGAAGUCGCAAACACCCAACGCGAGGUUAUCCGAGCCAAUGUUCAUGUGACGCAUUUGUGGCUUCAGACAAUGCUCCGCGAAAAGAUUGAUGCACUUAUAGCUGCACACACACAAUCAGUCUCAUCAUCCCAAGGUGCCGCAGAUCUGUUGAAAUUCACUGCUCAAUUAACACCAGACACCACUUCUUGGGAUGAACGAGAAGCCAUCAGUUGUCAACUCUUGCACACUCUAAGAUCUUUCUCUCACUCGGUUCUAGAACCGAAUGGACUUUCUUUGUUAGCCGAUCAAAUGGAGCAAAAGCUGCGACAACCUGGUAUCUUCGGCCAACUUUGCUGGGACACAUACACCGUUAUUAUCCUCGGUUUCCCAGACCAGCCCGGGACCACUCGCGACGAUGUCCUGGCUACUCUGGAUAAGAGCGCGCUCAAGUUGCUCGAAGCGUACCCAUCGCUUGCUGGCCAAGUGAUCAAGACGGGCCAAACUGCCACCAACUCUGGCAAAUAUGAGAUCGUGCCUUAUCUGCCGCACCAGGGAAAAUCACCCGUACUCCGCAAAGACUGCACAGAGCUUUGUCCUGCGUAUGGGGACAUUGUCAAGGCGGACGCUCCCUUUGCUAUGCUGGAUGGCGGUAUUCUCUGUCCAGUCAAAGGCAUGGGCUACCGGUACGAGGCAGGCACCGAAUUGCCAGUCUUCAUCGCACAGGCCAACUUCGUCGAUGGUGGCAUUUUACUCUGCGUCGCCUCCAUGCACAAUGCCCUCGACAUGAAUGGUCAAGGGACUGUCUUGAAGAUGUUUGCUGCCGCAGGCAGGGGCGAGGAGUAUAAUGCGAAGUUGGUAGCAGCGGGUAAUCGGGACGCCGAUACGAUCGUGCCUCUUCUGAAGCCUGGGGAGCUGUCUGCCGAUCACGACUGCAUGCGUCGUGCCUCAACACUUAACGCCGCUCCUGGACCAAUGAAGUCUCCAAGACCAAUCGACUGGCACUAUUGGCGCUUUUCGGCGAAGGUGCUUGAAGACCUGAAAGAGGAAGCUUCAAGUGGACGCACCUGGGUUUCCACCAACGACGCUCUCACCGCUUUCCUCGUCCUACGCCUCACUGCAGUUCGCGUCCGCGAAGGACGAGUUGCAAAAGACGAGAUCGUUCAGCUGCAACGGGCGGUCGACUCCCGGUCGAUUCUGAAUCCUCCUGUCGAGGACGGCUACCUUGGUCACCUUGUCGCCCUCGCCGACACGACAUGGAAGACUGCACAAGAGCUCGCUGAUGCCUCAUUAGCCGACGUUGCAGUUGAAAGUCGAGAGUCACUCAAGAAGGUCGACGAUCACUUCGUUCGUAGUCUCGCCACACUAAUUAACAAUACCGAAGAUAAGACCACAAUCUUCUACGGAGCCCGCAUCAAACCCGGGAGAGAUUUCUUGUGCUCCUCGUGGGCCCAGCUUCACUGGCUAAACAAAUGCAAUUUUGGCAAGGGUCUUGGUAGCCCAGACUUCGUUAGGCGUGCACGCAUGUCGCCUGUCCCUGAUUUGACGUACAUCAUGCCAAAGAACCGCAACGGGGACAUGUUCGUUGCUACAUGCUUGUUCCACGAAGACUAUGUGGGACUGGCCAACGAUGAGUCUUGGAGGAAGCGGGCUGAUCUUACUGGCUAA